GGAUGUAUUUCGCGCUUUAAAAAACGGAGAAAAAACGACUUUAGGUCAGGCGUAUCUCACUACUUCCUUCAGAAAGAAGCGCCGAAGCAGAGGAGAAAUUCAAGGAUGGAUAGCAAACUCAAAAACCCUAGCAAGAAUCUCAACCCCAAUUGGGCUCAACUCCUCGAGAAGCUGAAAAGCAAUGGCUCAAAAAAUCAUAUCUCCAAACAUUCACGCGGACCGGAUACAGAGACCGAGAGAAGCGUAUUAGGGAAGCGUAAAGAGAGGUCGGAUGAGGAUUCUCAAGCUUCAAAACUUAAUCCGUUGAUUCCUACUUCAUCUGACUGUAGUCUCACAGAUGUGGUGGCUAUGGAUUGUGAAAUGGUUGGUGUUAGCUCGCAGGGGAACAAGAGCGCCCUUGGAAGAGUUACGCUGGUCAACAAAUGGGGAAAUGUUAUAUAUGAUGAGUUUGUCCGACCAGUGGAGUAUGUUGUUGACUUCCGCACAGAAAUAAGUGGAAUCCGACCAAGUGACUUGAGGAAAGCUAAGAAUUUCACUGUUGUUCAGAAGAAAGUAGCGGAGCUGAUCAAGGGCAGGAUACUUGUCGGUCAUGCAUUGCGCAAUGAUCUUAAAGCACUGCUGUUGAGUCAUCCAAAGAAGGAUAUACGAGAUACAUCAGAAUACACACCGUUUUUACAGGAAGGACGACGUCGCUCCUUGAAGAAUCUUGCAUCCCAGUUUCUCACUGUUGACAUUCAAAACGGCGCUCACUGCCCGAUAGAAGACGCCCGGGCUGCAAUGCUGCUUUAUCAGAGAAACAGAAAACAAUGGGAAAGGAGCAUCAAGGAUUUCACUAGGCUCAAGGAAAAGCAGAAAAAAAGGAAGCCGAAAAAGAAUCGAAAGGUGGAGAAGGAUUAAACAGAAUGGUCGCUGUAGCUUCGAUUACAGUGAUUCUUUUGGGACGAUGGGUUGUUCGAUGCAGAACACUCCAGAAACAGUUCAGAUGUGUAAUCUCCUUUGAUUUUUUUUGUUUGGUCUCUCUGCUACUUAUUUCAAAUAUUACAUAUCUCAUUAAUUAAAAUAUUCUUUUCUUCA